AUGUGUGGCCGCCCACCUGCCGGACCCUUGACCGGUCGACCGUUGACCGGUGCCCAGCGGGACAAGUCCUUGGCAGUGGUCUUUCUGCUGUUGGCAUGUAUCUCCCUGAUCCUGGAGAGACGCGGACGCGAUGGGGGCUUCGCCUUAAGUUAUACCCCGAAGCCCUUGAGCCGCCACAUGGCGGGGCUCCUCUGGUCGGCGGUGGCCAUCGUGGGGCGGCCCAUGGCCUCGGCGCUGCGGAAGGAACUGGCCACGCCACGGGCGGGCAAGGCGGUGUCCAAUGCGGAGCAGGUCGGGAUGACCUCCUUGAUUCAAGGUGCGGUGGCCAUGACCUUCAUGUUUCGGGAUCAAGAUCCCCUUCACAGCUUCCACUCAUUGCCGAUGAUUUUCUGGAUUUGCCUGGCAAGCUCCAGCUUUUUGAACGCCAUCAUCAAAACUGCUGAAACCCACGCGUACAAAGUGGGCGAGAUGUCAUUGUGCGCCCCCUUUCUAGCUUUUGACCCUGUGAUCCAGCUGCUGGUGGGCACUAUGGUGUUGCCGCUCUUCAGCGGGGGCUGGCCUUGUGCACCCUCGUUGCGAAAAGCUUCGGCGGUCGCAUGCAUCGCAGCCGGCAUGCUGGCACUGUCCAUGACGGACCAGGCCAGAGCUGGACAAAGAGGAUUGCCCAAAGGUGCUGGCUUCAUCAUACUGAAUUGCUUUCUGUAUUCGGCCACCUACCGCCUUGACGCUGCGGCUGUUGGAGUCUCCAGCAGCCUAUGUUUGUUCGCUUACUGCCGUUUGAUCAUGGCCGCCAUGUGCUUCUCAUCCACGCGGCUUUGGAAAAGAGGUAGGGAAGGCGAUUCCACUGGUCUCUGGGAGCCGAGAGCAUUGCUUUUGCUGAUCUUCGUGUGUGUGGUGGAUGCAGCCUACAUGCUCUCCAUGUACCAGGCGGUGUCGCUGAUCUCGCCGGUCUUGGUCUCGGCCGUGAAGCGCGGCGGUGGCAUCGUGGUCUCGGCGCUCUUCGGUGCAAUCUUCUUUAACGAGAAGCUGGAAGGGAGGAAACAGCUCCUUUUCGUCGUAGCUGUUGGCGAGCCUGGGCGCAGCUGGCAGUCUCUGGUGGGGAGCGGUUCUGGUCUACAGAUCAAUCGGCAGAACCAUCUACAGUAUAUCGUCAUCUAA